CGUCAACAAGGCUUCUUUAGGUGUGGUAAUUUAGUUUUGAUGGCCGUUUAUGCUGAAGAAUUUUGAAUUAAAAUGUCAGCAACGCUAAAGCCGUAUCUUACGGCAGUAAGACACACUUUGACAGCAGCAAUGUGUUUGGAGAAUUUCUCCUCUCAAGUGGUGGAAAGACAUAACAAGCCCGAAGUGGAGGUUAGGUCGUCGAAAGAGCUGUUACUAACUCCCGUGGUAAUAUCGCGAAACGAGAAGGAAAAGGUCUUUAUAGAAACGUCGGUAAAUUCCGUGAGGAUAAGUAUUGCGGUAAAGCAGGCGGACGAGAUCGAGAAGAUUCUAUGCAAGAAAUUCAUGCGUUUCAUGAUGAUGCGAGCGGAAAACUUCAUCGUACUCCGACGGAAACCUAUUGAAGGGUACGACAUAAGCUUCUUGAUUACGAAUUUUCACACGGAGCAAAUGUACAAGCACAAGCUCGUGGAUUUCGUUAUUCACUUUAUGGAGGAAAUUGACAAAGAGGUAUCGGAAAUGAAACUGGCGGUCAAUGCACGGGCAAGGAUCGUUUCUGAAGAAUUUCUGAAGCGAUUCUAGGA